AAGGGGUGUGGUUCAGCUGACAGGCUCGCUCUCAUAGGGACUGGACGUCUCGAGCCACAGCAGUAGUUUCAACUUGCCAUGUCAAAUGCCACCAGCUGGGUGCCCAAAGGAGAGAUGGUUGAGAACUGAAGAGAAGGACUGCUGCGUACGGUACAAGGUUGCAUUGGGACUUUCGGUCGAGGCCGCUGACAUCAUGAGUGACUCGGGAAGCCUAGACAGUGACCGCUCCAGGCCCAGCGCCAGAGCCAUUUAUGAGCAGAGGAAGAAGUAUUCUAGCAUUAUCAUGGCAGACGUCUCACAAUAUGCCGUCAAUCACUUGGUGACCUUCUCCAUCGGGGACGAGGAUGACUUGGCAACUGUGGAGGAUGCCACCAGGAAACUGUCUGUCAUGGAUGCCCAAGGGAAGAUCUGGGUUCAGGAGAUGUUGCUUCAGGUCAACGGGUCGGCCAUCAAGCUCUUCGACGUAGACUCAAAGGAUGAGCUGGAGAACUACGGGUUAGCCGCUGUGGCUCGUUGUGAAGCCGUUCGAACUGAGUCUCGAUCCCAGUCGCUGCUUCUGCUUGUGUGCCAGGAACCCCACCAGCUCAAACCAGAUGUCCACUUCUUUGAAUGUGACCAUGUAGGGGCAGAAUUGAUCCAGCAGGACAUUAAUGGAGCUCUGUUGGACUUCAAGUCAGGUGGAAAUGCCCAACGGAAGGAGGCACUCAGAGCUACCCAGAACUGGCUUGGCAGUCAGACCAACAAGGCUCCAGAGACCCUCCCUCAGUCUCCUAAACAGGUGCCCUCCAGGACAACAGUUAUCGUGCCAGAGCAAAGGGAGAAUGAUACCUCGGCAGCUGAAUCUGACCUGGCCUUUGUUCAGUCCGAGCAAAAUGUGGAGCUGCUGAACCAUGUUUUUGACGACGUGGAAGCCUUCAUAGGGAAGCUGCAGAAAUCAGCCGAAGCUUUCCGUGUCCUGGAUCAGCGCAAGCGCUCCGCAAAGGGGCGUCGCCGGGGGCCAGGCGAGGGACUCCUGACAAUCCGAUCCCGGCCUCCUUCCCAAGAGGAGUUUGAAGAUGCUCUGGCCAAGAUGAAAUAUUCCUUCAGUCUUCUGGCAAGGCUGAAAUCGAACAUUGCAAACCCUACCUCAGAGGAGCUCAUACAUUUUCUCUUCAACCCCUUGAAGCUGGUUGUGGAGUCUUCAGGGGGACCAGCGUUCGCUUCUGAGCUGCGCAGCCCCAUGCUGACCCUAGAAGCAGUGACCCUGAUGCGAGGCUGCUUGGGAGACCAGGAGGCGGAACUGUGGUAUUCACUGGGUGAAAACUGGACCAGGCCAAGAGUGGACUUCCCCCGGGGCUACGCAGAUCCCUACAACCCAACUUUCCAGAGUGGCUGGGAGACGCCACGCCUAGACGCUUCUGGCCAGCCUUGGGAAGACCCAGUGGAGAUGCAGCACCGGCACGAAGAACGUCGCGCCCAACAAUCAGCUCCCACAAUUGCAGCCAAUGGACAUAAACACCCAGAGAGCAAGUCUGUGAUCUCCACCCAUAACUUCACAGCCAGAAACAGCAACGAACUCUCAGUACUUCAUGGGGACACGUUGCAGGUCCUGGAUGACAGCAAGAAGUGGUGGAAAGUUCAGAACCGCUACGGUCAGGUUGGCUACGUCCCUUAUAAUAUUCUCGCCCCAGUUCUAAACCACAACAGCACUCCUCAGGUCAACGGAACCAGCCCAGCGAUAUCCAAGAAAAGUCCACCUCAGCCGCCACCCAAGACCAAAAGUCUGUACACAAAUGGCAGGAAUUGGGCCAGCACAGAGGCACUUAACAUGGACCUGAGUGAGCGAGAGCGCUUCAACACGGUGAACGAGGAGCUCGCCCUGAGGCUGGCCAAUGGGACAACUAGCCAUAGCAGGAACCUUCACAUCCAGCGGGCCUCAGACACCAACGUGCCUUUAGGAUACGAUUCGGACCCUGCUCAAGUUCGGACCUGGCUGGAGGCCAAAGGAUUCAACCCAUUGACAGUAAGUGCCCUGGGGGUCCUAAACGGAGCUCAGCUUUUCUCCCUGAAGAAGGACGAGUUCAGAGCUGUCAGCCCAGAGGAAGGAGUUCGAGUCUACAGCCAGGUUACAGUCCAGAGAGCCCUAUUGGAGGAUUCUGGGAAAGUAUCAGAGCUAGAGGCUGUGAUGGCGAAACAGAAAAGGAAACUGGAGGGUUUGAACCAGUAGAUGGGAGAUCGCCCCAUUUGGUGUGGGAGUGCCCCCUGUUGAAGCACUGAGGAACUGCAUGGUAACAGGCUCUGAAGCCACACCAUCAUCUCAAACUUGACGAUUCCUCUCUCUCCCCACAUCACCCAAGACCUGCAUUCUACAGCAGUGUUGGUUUUGAGCUAAACUUCUUGUUGUUGAGCAUAUGUUCCUGUAAAGCAAAUUACUGUCUUCAAAUCAUAUCCCAGAUUUUCUCUCAAACUCCCUUUUGAAAUAGUCGUCAGAAAAAGCGUCUCUUCUCUCAGUCAGUAGAACAUGAGACUCUUAAUUGUAGGAUCGUGGGUUCGAGCCCCAUGUUGGGCAAAAGAUUCCUAUAUUGCAGGGGGUUGGACUAGAUGACCCUCAGGGUCCCUUUCAAUUCUACAAUUCACCUAGCCCACACUUCUUCCCUCCCCAAAUGCAGGGGAAAAUGGAAAAGCAGCAACCCUUCCCCAUUGUAACAGAAAGCAUUCAUGCCACAUUCAUUUUAUCUUCUUUCAUACAAAAUGAAAAAAUGUUUACCUUUGAUGGAAGGUAGUGAGCCUAGGUCUGGCUCACUAGGAAAAUUGGAUUGAAUUAUUAUCAUUAAUUAAAUUUUCCAAACUUUGCAACAGAUCUCCAUGAAAAUUCCACUCACCAAAUCAACCAUUCUUCCAUUUCUGUGCAUUCCUAUUGUUUGCUAUCUCUUUCUCCCCACACAUCACCGAAUUUUUCAGUUAAAUCUAGGCCUGGAUAUUGCCGUACAUGUUAUUUGUCUUGCAGUUGCACUGCAUCAUUAUCUUUACAGCUAUAAAUCUGCAUUUUUACGCACUGCAUCGUGGUGGUUGUAGUCAAAACUUUUGUCUCCACUUUCCAUCGGGGUGAGUUGGCAACUCAUGAGUAUUUUUCAGCAAGAAAUCUUCUGUUGCCAGGAUUUAUCCGUCUGUCUUUACUUGAAUAAGAGAAUAGCUCGGCUGAAAUGUAUUAAGUAUCUCAGGAAUGUUUCCUCCUUCAGGAGAGACAUGGGAAGCUUUGGAACAAGCCUUUCUCCAAGAUCAUUCCUUCACCCUUAAAGGAUUUUUCCCACUGACAAACUCACACUUUCAUUCCAUGGAGUGAGUGUAAGCUGACAUUGGGCACUACCACCUCCUGUCACCAGAUGGCAGUCUCUAUUUGAGGCAAACCAAGUUGCCCUUCACAAACUGUAUUUGGGAAAUCUCAUUUCCCCCACUUUCACUAUGUACAUAAAAGCUUUGCCAGGUUUUAACAACUUGGCCCUUUCAUCUCUAGUUGUAUCUUUUUUGGGGGGAGGGGGAAUUGAAUCAGAUCAACUGCUUUCAAGGAGUCUUGUGCAAGAGAAUAUGAUAUUCUCUCUGUGUGUGUAUAUAUCUACCGUAUAUAUAUAUAAUGUCAAAGCUUGAUGAUUUAUUUGGAAGCGAGUUAUGCUGAAUCUCCAUUGUGGUGGAUUAGGAAGAGAGGGGGUUGGCAAUAUAACCACAUUUUUUCCCUACAGUUUUCACACUUGUUAAAGAAUUUGUUGAAGAGCACAAUGAUUUUGACUGCUUUAGAACUUGAACUGUUUCUAUUCAAACUUCCUCUGUUUAGUUUUAAGUAUCCUUUUGCAAGCAGCUCUGCUCAGAUAAUUCGCCCUUGAUGUGUGCCUUUUAAAAUUAACAUGUUGAAGAAAUUUUGGCCAAAUAGCUCCCCCCCCCCAAAUUAAUCUAGUGUUAAAGGGAAUGUGUAUUUGAAAGGAUAUUUGUAUUCAUUUAACAUUGGCUGCCAGUAAUGCUUUGUAAAGAAUAGGCUGCAAUUUAUUUUUUUUACAGUUAUUACCCACCACCAUCACCUGCCGUAGCCUAAUUUUGACAGUUUCCAUAAAGUACAAGUCAGUAAUUAGCAGCCCAUUGACCAAAUAUAGUCCUCUGAGCAGUGCAGUCUACUGUUGCAAACCUAAGGUGGAAAGGAAAGUUUAGAGCAGGUGUGGGGAAGUUUUGGCACUUUGGGGCUUGCUUGCUGGGGCUGAUGGGAGUUGUAGUUCAACAACAUCUGGAGGGCUCCUCCACCCCUGCAUUAGAAUAUUAAGCAUUAUAAAAUACCAAAUUGUACACUAAAAAUUAGUUUCUGAUCCAAUGUGAUAAUUGGAAAGGGAAGGAAAAGGAUCUGGGUAGAACAUGGUCUACCAUCAUCAUGCAACUACAUGAUGGGCUUGCCGAUCAGAAGGUUGGUGGUUCGAAUCCCUGCGACGACAGGGUGAGCUCCCGUUCCUCUGUCCCAGCUCCUAAAAACUUACAGUUCUAAAGAGAAAUAGGUGCUGCGGUGGCGGGAAGGUAAACGGCAUUUCCGUGCGCUCUGGUUUCAGUCACUGUGUCCCAUGGACAAACACUGGCUCCCUCGGCCUGAAAGCAAGAUGAGCACCACAACCCCAUAGUCGCCUUUGACUGGACUUAACCGUCCAGGGGUCCUUUACCUUUUACCUUUACUUUAUAUGGACUUCUACAAGAAUCUUAAUAUAGUUGCAUAGACUAUAACUCAUGGUUGCAUAGACUAUAAGUCCGAGGACCUAUUGCUUUUGCAAACCAUAUCAUGACAGUGAAGGGCUUUUAAUGUUUAAAGAGCGGCAGGCUAUUCUGCUUAGGCAAAUUUGGUGCCGUGGGAACGUAUAUACGCUGCUAGAGAGAAAUUUACUCUGCCAUUGUGUUCGUGUUUUUAUUAAUGUGCACUUGCACUUUAAAAAAUCUGAUUUAUUUUUCAAAACUGCUGCUUGCCCACAGGGUAGAGGGCACAUGAUGGAAGUACAGCAUAGCCGCCACUGGAGAGCUUGGCAUUCAUUGGGGAAAUGUGUUAAUUAUAUAAAAAGUAUGUAAAUAAAAAUAUGCAAAAACUU